AUUAUUUCAAUACAAGAACUUCAAAUAAUUGACAAUCACCUCCCGAUAUAUCAUAUCUCUCGAUUUCGGGAAAUAAAAACGCUAAACCGAAACUUGACCUAAUUUCGAACAUUGCUCCUUCAGAAUCAUUAGAAAAAUUUGGUGCUCGGUUUCUACUUCGUUCAAGCAAGUCGUUCAUGAACUUUUUUGACCUCUAAUCAAUCUUUUCGGUAGCAUCAAACAUUGAACUGGCUCUUACCCUCUACUUCUAGGGUUGCUCUCUGUUUUCAUAGUAAAGUUGAGCCGGAGAUGAGGUUUUUUCCUCUACCGCUGACAAGAAAUACUAGUCAGAGAAUAUGGAAAAACAAUGUUUGUUCCAUUUGUAGGAGACAUGCCUCUACCGAAGCAAAUGAGUAUCCUCUGUCCGUGGCCUCGACCAAACUUCGUGCUGCCGGCCCGGUCAGAACCCGUUUUGCGCCUUCUCCAACCGGUAAUUUGCAUCUAGGAUCCCUAAGAACGGCACUCUUCAAUUUCUUGCUUGCCAAGGCUACUGGUGGUCAGUUUCUUUUACGGAUUGAAGACACGGAUACGGUAAUAUAUUCAGUCUUUUGCCAACGGGAUCAUACUAAAUAAAGAAGGAUAGAACUAUUCCCGGGGCUGAAGAACGCUUGUAUAGAGAUCUGGAAUGGGCUGGUAUUCAAUGGGAUGAAGGUAUAUUAGCUCGACAAUAAAUUAGUUAAACAGGGUGUGCUAAAAGCUUUCAGGACCAAAGGUUGGUGGACCAUUUACUCCAUACAGGCAAGUAUGUCAAUUUCUUCUCUUCUCAAAGCAUCUACUGUUAUAUUGAUUGGUCUUCGACAGUCGGAACGAAGAGCAAUGUAUUGGGAACAUGCUCAAACACUGGUUGAAGCAGAUUUAGGCUACAGAUGCUUUUGCUCCUCUCAAAGAUUGCAUGAGUUACGCGUUUAUCAGAGCAGAAAGGGUCUUCCACAAGCCUACGAUGGUACCUGCAGGCAUAUUCCGAAGGAUCAAUCUGACGAGAUGGCAUCGAGAGGAAAGUCUCACGUGAUCAGAAUGAAGGUUCCCCAGCAGUGGCCAGGCUUUCAGGAUGAGGUGUAUGGUCAGAUUAGGUCAAAGUUGACCCGGGACCCCCGAUCAGAAUAUAAGGAAUUCCAGGACCCUAUAAUGGUAAAAUCAGAUGGAUUUCCAACCUACCACCUGGCAAACGUUGUGGAUGAUCAUUUCAUGAAGAUUACACAUGUUGUUCGAGGAUCGGUAUGUACUUUCCAUCUUCCAAACAGAUGUGAGCUAAUUCUGGCUCAAGGAAUGGAUCCCUUCAACGCAUAUGCAUGUUGCUAUGUAUCAAGCAUUUGGAUGGAAGCCGCCUACCUUUGCACAUGUUGGUCUUCUCUUAGACAAAGAUAGAAAGAAGCUCAGCAAACGAGAUGGUGCCAUAGAUAUAGCAACCUAUCGAGACGCAGGGUAUUUUCCUGAGACCAUAACCAACUUUGUUGCUCUUCUUGGAUGGUCUCAUGAUCGAUCAUACGACAUAAUGAGUAUGCAGGAACUUGUAGACAAUGUAUGUCUUUCAUCUUCUUCAUGUGUAACGAACAAUGCACUGAUUUUAAUACAGGCGAGCAUGAAAUACACUCGAGGUGACUCUGUCGUAACCAUGGCAAAACUCAACUUCAUGCAAAGAAAACACGCCGCAAGAUAUAAGGAAUUACGACAAUCAAAUGAACCUAUUCCGCCUUCUCAAGAUCUCUUAGAAUUAGCUGCAAAGCCCGUCCUCCAGCGUAUGAGAAGUCUUCCGGAGUACGAAGAACUAAUCUUCUACAACUGUGAAAAUACGGAUGUCGCAAAAGAGAACUAUAUCCUUUCCAUAAUUUGUGCCGGGAUCCAAAACUACAACCUCCCUGAUACCUUCUACGCAACUCACAAAUACUUCUUCACAGCCCCCACACCCCUGGAACUCGAAUCCAGAACCCCACCCCACAAACUCCACGACGCCCCGCAAGAAGUAAUCCAUCCCAUCCCCGACGACUUCUCCACCUCCUUCGAGGGCUUCUCCUCCAUCGCCGCCGAAAACUGGAAUGCAGCCGAACUAAAAGGUUUCACAAAUCUCAUCAUCGAUCAAGGAACCAUGAUGAGCACGGCAGAAUUCACCGCUACUAAAGUGUAUAGUGAGGAUGCACAGAAGGUAAUAAGGAAGAGUUGGACAAAACUUGUCCAUUCAUAUAUUAGGUGGGCGAUUGCGGGUGGACAAAGUGGACCGGAUGGAUCGGAUAUUAUGGCGAUUCUGGGCAGGGAGGAGUCACUUAGUAGGCUGAGGGUCGCGAAGGAGAUUAUGGAUGAAUAUAUCAAAUCUCAUGCCGAAGCAUUAGGAGCCUCGACUGCAGAGUAGUGAGUGUGGUUGAUGCAUGGUCAUCUAUGAUCCCUGGUAGGCUGUUAAAACGAUGAACAAUUGCGAGUACUCGAAUAGUUAUGGUCACGAGAUGAUAGGUUUCCAGUCACUGGCUGGGAU